AUGCCACUCUUUUCGAAAUACGAGAACGGAAAGUUUCGCAGUGGAAACUGGUACUGCGGCUGCGAUGAGGAGGCCAGAUGGUACACAUCCAGCAAAGAAGGCAGUAAGGGCGAGCGAUUUGCACGGUGCAAGCAGUCGGGAACCGACCACGACUGCAAGUUCUUUCUCACAGAGAAAGAUGAGGCCGAGGCCAGACUGUCGAAGUCUGUCACGGUUUCUCCAUCCACCCCAAGAACGCCCCUCUCCCAGCGUACCGUCGAGGCGAUGCCAACACCAAACACCGGUUCAAGCUCGAGGACUCUCUUUGGCGGCGGCAGCAGAGCACGCCGAGUCGCGAGCAUGAGCGACUCACCCACCGCACGCCGCUUUGUCGACGCCGACGGUGAUGACGGCGACCUGGCAGACUUUGUUGUACGGCAGCUGAGGCAGGAUGGCAUCGCAUUGAAGAGCUCCACCGAGUCUGUAAUCCGGUAUGCCAUUGGCAGCCGGAUCGGAAAAUACGAGGCUGCACAGAAGAAUUCCAACGACAGCCUGACGCUCGCACUCGAGAAGUUGGAUAGGCUGGAAAGUGGCGCGUCCGGUUAG